GCUACUUACACAACCUCACCUCAAAGUUACCACAAGGUUUCCAAGUUGCCUCUCUCCCUCUCAGUGGCCACUUUUCAUGAUCAAAAUACAUGAAUCUUCGGAUACUGGACUCAUUACGCGACCAUUUGCGCUGUCUGACGUGCUGAACAUCGGCUAGUGCGUACCUUAAGUUCCAGGACCGAUCAACAAGAACCCGUCACGGGCAAGCCAUGGAUCGUCGCAUAAGAGUAUGCCGUCCGGGUGAACACACAUUGACUCUGUCCCUAUUACUCUACGCCGCUGCAAAAAUGGCCGUGUUACUCGCUCCGUACAACGACGCGAUGCGGCUUGGGAUGGGCUGUGCAUCAACGACGCGGUUACGCUGGAGGGUGGUGCGCGCGUCUGCGAGCGCUGAGCGGAUUGCGCGACCGCAGUACAAGUUCGGGCAAAUGACCGGCUUGGAUGGUGGGAACGUGGACAUCAGUCAAGACGUGACAUGGACCGCCAAGUUCGUGGACAGAAUCAGCGAGGUUUCAGACAGCCUGAACAUCAAAUGUGACGCAGUUGGCGGUGGCGGAAAGGCCUCCGCCUCGUUCAUCGACACGAACAAGUUCCAAGAGAGCGAUAUCAACUAUUUCAUCCAAGUGCGCGUCACGAACCAGCUGCGCACGGCACCCGAUCUCAUUGAAUUCGCCCUAUACCUCCAGCGCGUCUCGAGUCGUUUCGAAAUCCAGGCCAUGCUUACCCCGGACACAGGUUUCACUGAAGGCGGCGAAUUCAACGCUCUCAUCUCCAUCAAGCUGAAAGACCGCUCGAAGACGAAGGAAAUCAAAGGGGACCUCGAGGUUAACAUGAACUUCUCGGCGGUCUCGGUAUCUGGGAAGGGCGCGUUGGAGAAGAAGGACGCGAGCAAGGGGAUCGAGGGGGAGACGACCAUUGCCGUUUCUUGGAAGGGCGGUGGAGACAUCAAGGAUGCGACGGUCUCGGACUGGACGCUCUCCUCGCUGAAGAGUGUGGCAAUGGAGUUCCCAGAACAUGUGAUGGCAUGUCCCCUCAAAACAAAGUGCGUGUAUGCGGCUACGCGUCUCGAACCAAAGAUAAUCGUAGAUCAGCGCCAUACUGACAAAGUACACGAGUUUGAAGAGUUUCUACACGAAGAGUAUUCAGGGGUCUCCGCUGGGUGUGAUGACUUUUCUGACCUUGUCUCUGUUGCCUUGCGCGCUGACGAUUUUACAGACUACGAGAAUGCUGGGGUAUACUCCUCUGCGCUCCUCGAUGCUUACAUGGACUACAAAGUUAUGUGGCGCAACAUCCAGCAAGCGACAUGGGAAAUCGAACAGAACCAGACAGGAACACUCACCAACGACUCUUCCACGCAAUUGAAAGAGCUGGCAACUGGGGCCAAGGCCAAUUACGAGGCGCAACUGGCGAAAUACAAAGCGAAGCGCGCCCGACUGGAGCAACAAGCAAAGGAACAAAGUGCUCUAGCACAGCCUUCGAACCCUGAUCCUAGCAGCGGCAGCACUUUGCUCAUCGAGAACAAGCCCAUCCAGAGCAGUAGCCCUCAACCUGACAAUGCUCCCUCUGAGGCGGUUAUUGCUUCUGCACCUUUGCCGACAUCAGUAUCCACAGUGCAGGCACCGGUAUCCUCAGUGUCGACACCAACUACGACAGUGCCAGCUCCAGUGACGCCAGCGCCGGCACGCGUAGCCCCGUAUGUUCCUCCCCUACUGAUUGGGAUCGAAGCCGAAGAGCCGCUGCCUCCCAACGACCUCAAUCCAUACACCUACACCACGUUUUCACUCGACAAGGCCCGGAGAGACUGUCGGUUCGAGAUGAUCAAGAUCGUUCGCGAAGUAGAUGCCGUCGCUGCUGAUCCCAAAGUUGCUUGUGAUCCGGAUCGUUCCUGGCAGUAUCUCAGCCCGGCCGUAUUCCGCAUUCUGCUUCCAGUACGCGCUGACGCUGAAGCGGCCAAAGCCAAGCUGCUGCUCGAUGAGAAGCAGAAAAAGGAACUCGCUGCUGGCGUUCCUCAGACAGAAAAGGACAAAGAGAUUGAAAAACUUGAGCUCGAGCUCAAGGAUGCAAAGUACAAGCGGCUAAUGGCUGAACGUGAGGUGGCCGCGAUGCGAGCGGCGGUGGGUCCCAUAGAAACUUUGAAGAGUCCGCAUAUUCCUUGGUGUCCUGUACCAGUUCGCACUCCCAUCCGAAUUUUCAACGCGUACACGAAACAGUGCCUCCAAUACUCCAAUUUCCAGCGCGCUCGACAAGAUCCGCCGAUAUUGUCCCAAGCCAAACCGGUUCUGAACGCCGACCAACGGUUCUAUAUCUGCCCAGUUGGCCCGCGAGCAUUUUCGAUCCUCCACAUCGCAGCCGACAUGUUCCUGGCGACCGCCAGCCAGGAUUCGGACCUGAUCACGAUGGCUGAGUUCCCUACCUUUGUCUCAUUCGAGCCGACGCCCGGAAUCGGGAACCCCGCUACAAUGACGUUGAUACAUCUGGCUGACACGCCCGGCCACACGAUCAGCCUGAAUUACGACGGCAACAAGCUCAUCAAGAACACAAGGAAUAAGUCUGAAAUUGACAGCUGGAUUAUCAAGGACUGGAAUGAACUCGCCGCUUGACGCGUGUGCUUCACGCCCCCGAAGCUGUACUCUAUAGCACAUGCACAAACAUGUAACGAUAACGCGAUCACGUGUAAAUCACUAAUUGCCUCUUCCUGGUACUUUGCC